AAGACUCCUUAUUACUCAAGAGAACUUCUCACUGAAUACUCGUUGGUUAUUCUUUAUUUAGUUUAUUACAGGUCAUCUAUUUUUAAAAGAAAUACAUUGACCCGGAGGAAGUACUUAAAACAUGUGGCUGAAACAGCUACACUUUUAUGGUUGCUAUUUGCAAGGCAAAGCAAUUACUCCAAUAAAAAAUAAAAAAUAAAAAAAUACUAUUGGGAAAUUAUGGCUAGUCUUUCAUUAACAUGUUCUUUACCUCUUCAACCACCUUCAUCCCGCAAAUUAGUUGAAUCAACUCCAUCCCACUGUAGCUGCUUGAAGCCCAUUGUGGUUAAUGGGGACCCACCCACUUUCGUUUCUGCUCCUGGUCGGAGAAUUGUCGCAGUUGGAGAUCUGCAUGGGGAUCUUGAUAAGGCAAAAUGUGCACUUGAGACGGCUGGUGUGCUGAGUUCUGAUGGUCAAGGUUUAUGGAUUGGUGGUGAGACGGUGUUGGUUCAGCUUGGGGAUAUUCUUGAUCGAGGUGAAGAUGAACUUGCAAUUUUAUCUUUGUUGAAGUCACUAAAUAUCCAGGCAAAAGCCCAUGGUGGCGCAGUUUUCCAGGUGAAUGGAAAUCAUGAAACUAUGAACGUAGAGGGGGACUUCAGAUACGUUGAUGAUGGGGCACUUGACGAAUGUAUAGACUUUCUGGAUUACUUGGAAGAAUGUGAACGCAACUGGGAAGAAGCUUUUGUCAGUUGGUGUGCUGUGUCUGGCAAAUGGAAACAGGACCGGAAGGUGCCUCAAAAUUAUUGGGCGCCGUGGAAUUUAGUGAAGCGGCAAAAGGGUGUAAUCGCAAGAUCAAUCCUCAUGAGACCCGGGGGUCCAUUGGCAUGUGAGUUGGCGCGGCAUGGUGUUGUUCUUAAGGUUGACGAUUGGCUUUUCUGUCAUGGCGGCCUUCUUCCUCAUCAUGUUGCCUAUGGCUUAGAGAAGCUGAAUAGAGAGGUUUCUAAAUGGAUGAAAGGCCCGAAUCAAGCAGACGAUUCCCCCCAGAUCCCUUUCAUAGCCACUAAGGGCUAUGACAGUAUUGUGUGGAACCGUUUGUUCUCCAGAGAUAACCCGGAGCUUGAGGACUACCAGCUCGAGCAGAUAGAAUCUCUUCUCGAGGAGACACUACAAAGUGUGGGCGCCAAAGCGAUGGUCGUAGGACAUACUCCUCAACGUAUGGGAGUAAAUUGUAAAUACAACUGUAACAUAUGGCGCAUUGAUGUAGGAAUGUCCAAGGGAGUACUUGACUCAAGCCCUGAGGUGCUAGAAAUAAGAGAUAAUAAAGCUAGGGCGAUAAGGAGCACGAGGGGUUGGUCCAGUGAAUUUCAGGUUGCUGAUUACACGUAGAUAUCUUAGAAAUCCCAAGGCUUUUGAUAUAUCUGUUGGUUUCCACCGCAGCGAAAAUAACACAUGGGACUUUUGUCUCUUACCAAUGGCCAUGUGAACUGAUGAUUUUCAACCAUUCCAGAAAACAGGGAACUGUGGAUUGAAAGCAGGCCCUUGUAUUCUAUUUGUGUAAAUGGUGUACAGUGAUUCUUGUAAUUUAAAUACUUAGCUGGCCCGGAAAAAUGUGGUGUUCGUUGGUACAUAACAAAUCUGAGGUACUGGGUAGACUGUUGGUUAACAAUAAAAAAAAAUCAUACAUUUUAGCAAGCAUAAAACAUUGUAUGCUUGAAUGGAAAUUUCAUAAUUUCGUAGCUUUUUAGAA